CUCAAGUUGAUCAAGCGGACUUCAAGUGUACGCCCUGUUACCCUACAUCUAAGCUGUCCAGAUUAAUCCUACCAACCUACAGCUACAUCGUAAUAUUGAAGGUAUCUUUACACAGCGACCUGCGAUCUUAUCGUUCAUCCGACUUUCUCAGUAUCAGAAACAAAGAUGGCGCACUCUGAGGGACGUGAUACUACAAUUCCAAUAAUCGACAUCUCAAAUCCGUCUGAACAGGUCGCUUGCCAAGUACUUGAGGCGGCUUCAGCGCAUGGAUUUCUCUUCAUCAAGAACGAUGGCACAACCAUUCCACCAAAGGACAUUGACGAUAUGUUUGAACUGUCCAAAGAUUUCUUCGCCUCCCCUGCCUCUCAGAAGUCUGAGUAUGCAAUCCAUUCUCCAAAAGCAGGUGGCAUUAAUCGGGGCUGGGUGUCCAUGCAGGGCGAGGCUCUCGACCCAGAAGGCACAAAACGCGGUGAUCCCAAGGAAGCAUUCAACAUCGCCCCUCCAUCCCGGGAUGUCCCUCUGCAGCCCCUUCCUCUUCCCCUCUCCACUUCCAGCGACCUGAUAUCACGUUUCCAAACAUCCUGUCACAAACUCUGCACAAACAUCCUUUCCCUCCUCGGCACCGCGUUGCAGAUCCCCGAUCCCCAGUACUUCAGCAUGCGACACGAUCAAUCCCAGGGAACCUCGGGCUCGAUUUUCAGAAUGCUAUACUAUCCCAAAACAUGCACCAAGCCUGGAGAAGCGAGGGAGGGGGCGUCCAUCAGAGCGGGCGCGCAUUCGGACUACGGCUCCGUAACGCUCUUGUUCCGCCUCCCAGGUCAGGCAGGCCUCGAACUCCAAACGGCAGAUGGGUGGAUACCUGUCCCCGUAAACCCCGACCCUUCCCAGAACUCUUCUCCACCGAUACUGGUCAAUAUUGGUGAUCUGCUGUCUUUCUGGACAAAUGGAAUGUUGAAGAGCACAGUUCACCGCGUUACGUUCAGUGGUGGCGAGGAAAGAUACAGUAUGGCGUAUUUCUGCCAUCCUCUAGAUGAGGUGAAAUUGGAUACCGUGCCCAGUACGGUUAUUGGGGAAUUUGGCGAGAAGGGGAGAGAGGAGUUGAAGGGCCAGAAAAGGAGAUUGGGGCUAAGCGAAGAAGGGGAUGGAGAAGUUCUGACGGCGAAACAGCAUUUGGAUCGGAGGUUGAAAGUGACAUAUGGGCUAUGAGAUGGAAGGGCCACACGUAGGUACCCCGAAAGUCUUAGAUGUACCCCGAAAGUCAUAGACGAGAGACGUCUAAUGAUACGCAGUAUGGACGCCACGCUAUGCAAACCCCAUACAAUACGCUAUGCACGAAAUCCAAAAUCACCGCCAUAUG